CUUGGUAUUAUUUAUGUUAUGCAUGCAAUGAUAAUAAAAAUAACGAAAGUUCACAAGUACAUAGCAAAUACAUUUUAUCGCUACUAAUUCAAUCUUAUCCAUUGAAUCUUGCUAGCAAGAUACUUUCAGUCCAGUUCUUACUAAAUAAUGUUCCACUACUGAGCCUGCUGUUUUAUCUCGAAAACAUGAUGUCAUGUGAAACAACCACUGCGAAUAUUACAACGCCAAACUGCACUGUCCCUUAUCCCGUCCUGUACAGCUGAUGCGUGUUUACAAAACAGAAGCACUCCAUUGCAAGAAAAAAAUGUACUUCGACAUUUCGUACGUAAGGUAACAUGAUAUAUAAACGCCAUAUAGCAGUUUAAAUCGUAAUUAUAUUGUAAAGUCGGUAUUUUAUUGUGAGUUGUUUCAGUCAGUCAGAAGUGGCGUAGCAAAAGCUCUUUUUAGAAGUCGCCGAAUGUGUUUGGAUAACGUUACGUGCCUCUUCGACACAACUGAGCUCAGUUCAACAUAUAAUUCUUACGUCUUUUUGAUUGAAUAACUGUAGAAGCUUAUUAUAGACCAUCAUGAACUGUCGGUCAGAAGUCCUGGAGGUGUCAGUGGAGGGCAGGCAGGUGGACGAGGCCAUGCUGGCCGUCCUGCACACGAUCCUCCUGCAACGCAGCACUGGGAAAUUUCACUAUAAGAAAGAGGGCACGUACUCCAUCGGCACGGUGGGAACUCAAGACGUGGACUGCGACUUCAUCGACUUCACAUUCGUGCGAGUGUCUUCUGAUGAGCUGGACAGGGUUAUCAGGAAAGCGGUAGCCGAGUUUAAGGAUGCUCUUGGUAACUCUGGGAGUGAUGGCAUGGGUCAGAUCUCAUUGGAGUUCUACCAGAAGAAGAAGUCACGCUGGCCCUUUUCAGACGAAUGCAUCCCGUGGGAGGUCUGGAGCAUCAAGGUGAACGUGGUGAACCUGGCCAACGAACAGGAGCGUCAGAUCUGCAGGGAGAAGGUUGGCGAGAAGCUCGGCGAGAAAGUCAUCAACAUCGUGGAGGUAAUCAACCGGCACGACUACCUUCCCAAGAUGCCCACCCAGUCGGAAGUGGACAAUGUGUUCGAUACGAGUUUGAAAGACGUUCAGCCGUAUCUGUACAAGAUCACGUACCAGAUCACUGAUUCUCUGGGCACGUCAGUGAGCACGACCAUGAGGAGGCUGAUCAAAGAUACGCUGGCAUUGUAAAGGGACAGUGAAACUGCUGAAUCCCAGAUGCUUCUUGGAUGUUUAUGAGGAUCGUGUAAAAAUAGAAAAUCACAUACAUUGUCCCUGAAUGGGAUUUACACUUUCCCUGUAUAAUAAUGGUAUCCACUAUCUUUAUAUCAAAUAAUUCAAGCAAGAAUAUUAUUGUUACUUGUUUUGUUUUUGUUUUUUAAAUAAAAUCUAAUUAUGUUACCUGAA